AUGACGACCGAGGUGGAUGUCGGCCACAUCUCGACAUGGACAGACAUGGACUGGUUGCGAGACGUUCUCCAACAGCUGUGUCCCCCCCACGCAUACACCCCUCGCCCCGACCUUUCCGGGCCCCAUGCACGUGUUGCCCGACUUCAAUUCCACGACGUUGCGGAUGCCGACCGCACAAUGGCCAUCAUGAACACACAUCCAGUCCUGCGCGGCCACGACCUCACAUUCUGCCGCCCGGGUGACGUGUUCUAUCCCGAGCUGCGAGCACUGUUCACGGCCCGCGAAGUGGAGCCAGCCGCGUAUGGGGGACCUCUUGUCUCCACAGGGGAAGAUUGGAUGAGGGAAAGAGGCUGGGACGAGGGGACACCAUCGCCAGAUCAAGUCUACGACGUCGCGAUCAAGUGCGGCCCAGUGCAUCACAUCACCGUCCGCAGCCGCCCCACUGUUGACUCGCCAUGGCAAGCGCUCGUGCAGUUCUUUGAUACGGACGCCGCGAACAAGUUUGACGAACUUGACAACGACCUCGUCUUCGGAUGGCGCGUAAACGUGUACACACUGUCCAGCGAUGAUGCGGCCGAGAAGACGCUCAAUAGCAUCGAUCGGCUCUGCGCUGCCAGGGGUCUCCCUCCACUAGGCGGUACCAUUGCGCCAGUUGCCCCGGCGUCGGUCCACGACUCCCCAUCGUCGUCCCGCAGCUCCCAUGGCCUUUCCUGUAACCUGUUGUAG